AGGCUGAUGAAAAAUCUGAACUCAGUGGACCAUUACAUCAACGUUUAUGCGAUGUCGUUUCCUUUUGGGACUUAAUCUAAUCUACAAAUGCUAAAUUGGUUUUCUCCACAAAUAAUCACAAUUCAGAAUGUCAUUGUGUUCCAACGUUCAACUACUGUUUACGUCAAUAUAACAUUUAUAGAGAAAUCUCAAGAGAUAAACGUUGACCAUUCGACAACGGCACAACAAACAGUAGAGCAAAUUGACGCUGAGAGACGCUGAGGUUUCAUGCAAUAUUUCAUACACGUGAUAUAGAAAUGAUCGGAGUAUUCUAAUUAACAACUGAUGAUUGAAGAAUCUCAUAGAGCCGAGAGAGCACCACUGCAGUUGUAUAAACCAACAGUUACCAGUUACACCUGCGUAAAUAAACACAAACUUCUAACAUCCAACUAUGCCUAUGUGCCGUCGAUUCCUAAAGGUGCUUAAGGAUAAUGCUGAUGGAGAAACUACUGACCUUACCACGAUGGGCAGCACAUCAGAAUAUCAUAUACAAUUCAAUGAUUCAUCUGGUGAUGGAAUAUUUGGUAUAAACCGUACGCUAGCGACAUCUUUAAAUCCUAACAAAACAUUUGGAAUCGAAUCGGAAAAAACAAAAUCGUGGAUCGUUUCUGAGUUUAAUUUGGUGAAAGUCAUCGUUCUUGUUGUGGUUGUUAUAGUGCUCCUCCUAUCUACAUGCAAAAUUGUAUUUAGAACGUUCUCUUCUUAUUCAGGUUCAAAAGAUGAAGACAGAGAUUAGUUGACCUGAAAUUGUAUUGACAUAUUGAUUUUUUAAUUUUCUCCGAGCACUUCAAUAACAAGGCAAGAUGACACGAUCCCGGAUUUCAGGAAAUGAAUACGUUUCGAGUAACUUUUCAUCUUCACACCGGAAUAGCCUGACAACGGUAAAGUCAGAUACCGUUGUCACAAAUGGCGGACAUAACCGUCGCUUCAAUUUCA